AGAGUGGUGGACAGAAGAUGGAACUUUUCGCCAACACAAGAUGUGGACUGUGGAGUGAUUCCAGAUGUCAAAGAGCCAUUUGAGCGGAAUGCAGAUUCUCAAGGCCUUUCUGUGGCUGUUAUACAUAAGAUGAAGUGAUGUUCAUUUUUGAGCCAAUACGAAUUUCGAGGAAGUGAAGUUCGGUACGAGAAAAUUAGGCAUAACAUGGCUCAAUUACCUCCCAAAGUGCCUACCAUCACUUCAAAUUGGGGUGAUUUCUCCCCCCGUCAAAAGAUGGAGGGCUUGUCCAUCAACCACCCCAACAACAACCCGAUCUGGCUCGACGAGUUCCUCGACUUCUCGCCGGCCCGCCGCGGGUCCCACAAGCGGUCGAUGAGCGACUCGAUCGCCUUCCUCGACGCCCCGAUGGCGGAGGAGUGCCGCAGGUCGAACUCCUCCGCCCUCGGUGCCGACGGGUUCGAGGGGCUCGACGACGACCAGCUCAUGUCGAUGUUCGACGACGGCGUCGGCGGCACGGCGGGCCCCACGUCGAACCCCUCGUCCCCAUCCGACGACGACCCGGCUCGACCUCGGGUCCGCCCGAAGAGCGAGCCAGAGGAGGACGCCGACGGCCUAUACGCCGCCGCCGCGGAUAACUCCGGCGAGAGGAUUGCCGAUCCAAAGCGGAUCAAGAGAAUAUUGGCCAAUCGGCAAUCAGCACAAAGGUCAAGAGUGAGAAAAUUGCAGUAUAUAUCUGAGCUUGAGCGCAGCGUUACUUCACUUCAAGCUGAAGUCUCAGUGUUAUCACCACGAGUAGCUUAUUUGGACCACCAACGCCUCGUACUAAAUGUUGACAACAGUGUUCUUAAGCAAAGAAUCGCAGCUUUAGCUCAAGAUAAAGUUUUUAAAGAUGCUCAUCAGGAAGCAUUGAAGAGGGAAAUUGAGAGACUGGGGCAAAUAUAUUACCAACAAAACAUGAAGAAUUUGGAGAAUGACACAAUUCCAAAUUCACCAUCAAGACUUGCUGAUAAUGCUGAGCAAGAACAACUAGCAGUCAACUGACAUAUAUUUAUGUCACAAAUUAAUUAAUUUCUAAGGAUUCAAGCACUACCAUAAAAGAGGAGCCUUUGUGAACUGAAGAGUAAUCAAGUUUACAAAUAAAAAGCUCUUUAUUUUUGUGGGCUUAGGGAAAAUUCUCUUUUCUUGGCUUAAUUAUUAGGGAGAAGAGUGUUUAUUGAUCUAAUUUCAUUUUAUUUUUAUUUUUUUGAAUUAUCAGCCAAUCAUCAAAUUUAUUCUUCAGAAGCAUGUCAGACUGUUGUAGAUGAUUAAUUGGGUGUAUGUAUAAUGUGUGUAUUAUAUGUAAUAAUUUGUUAUCAGAUUUA